CAUCCUGUGCCAGGCUCACAUUAGGCGAUUUGUCUUCGACGCUGCCUCUGCUUUGCCUGCAAUGCCUGUGAUAGCAUCUUUUCACAGCGUCUCUAGCCGGCUAUUCGACAUCUACUGUGGUUCUUGACCUCUCGUAUUGUCCUUCUCAUCGUCUUGCGUCUCCCGUCUUCUGGUCCGCUUGCACCUUGUCCCUUGCUUCCGAGCUCGUACGACGAAACGUGCAACGAGUAGUGGCUGAGUCGGCGCCCAGACAACCUCACCUGCCCGACCCCGCAGCUUUACCAGCCAAGACAUUGAAUUCGACCGAAAUGGACAGUGACUUCGACCGAAAUGGACAGUGAAUUCGACCGAAAUGUGAUGACGUCAGCCAUGGACCUCGACACCUCGGUCGCAUCCCAGUUCCCUGGCCAUGCGAUGCUUUCCAACCCUACUCGCGUAGAAGGACCUGAGCUAGGAGCUGUAGUUGCCAAAAUUGAGGACAUGCUUGAGUCUCUCAUCGAUGCUCUGACAACAGGGACAGUAUUGGCAUUGCCCCUGAGGAGCCGAGACUCGGGCCGCCAAAACAUGAUCAGGUUUCCUGGAGCCAACGAUAACGAGGUGAAGAAGUUCACCUCGCUGCUGCUUGUUCUCCACAUAUGCCAUGAAGCUCUUGUGAACGACUACAUUGUCACCAAAAGAAGUAUCUACUACCAGGAUCCUGCGCUCUUCGGUAGUCAAGAAUUUGUGAACCGACUGGUUGAUGGCCUAGCAUUCACUCUUGGUGUUAGUCGAGACGCACUGAACAUUGUUGCGGCUGCCAAAGGCCUCAUCGUCGGUGAUCUCGUUGUUCGUUCCAAAGAUGGUACCACCACCAAAUACAGCUACGGUGAAAAGGGCGCUCUUCUUCCACGGACACGAACCAUCCAGCAACUCGAACUGGGCGCCGUACUGUGGGUUCUUGUGAUUGAGAAAGAAGCCACUUUCAGAAGCUUGGCGGCCAGCCGCUUUCACGCAACGACACCCGCAGGUCGUGGCAUUUUAGUAACUGGCAAGGGCUAUCCAGAUCUUGCUACACGACAAUUCCUUAGCCUGCUUCGCGAUGUGUUCCCGCUAGUGCCCAUGUUUGCCGUUGUCGACUAUGACCCCGAUGGAGUCGGAAUCCUCAGCACUUACACGCGCGGCAGCCAAAGUCUUCAGCACGAACAAGACGCAACUGUCCCGGACCUCAUCUGGCUCGGGCCCAAGAGUCAUGAUCUUCUCGCCUUGACAACGUCAACCGCAGGUGGGGGCAGCGCACAUAAGCUCCUCGUGCCUACUCUGGCCGAUCGCCGCAAGGCCAAGCACUUACUAGCAAAUCUGUCGAGAGACGAUGCACAUGCUGAAGUCCUCAGACACGAGCUUCAGAUGAUGCUCUUCCUCAACAUAAAGUCGGAAAUUCAAAUGGUUGAUGAGGAAGGACACUUGGCCAGCUGGCUGGACGAAAGACUCUGCAACUUUCUCGACAUGACUGAUGUAUGAAGUGGCCUAAGGGCGGAUCGGCCACUACUCAAGAUUCCAUCAGCUUUGCUACAUGUAAACGUCGACGACAAUGACGACGCGAAGAUCACAAGUGCGAAGUAAAGGGUCUCUUAAAUAAAAGCCAAACCGAGCCAUCUGCAGUGCCAUCACGUGAUUACGUGAUCUGACCCACUAUGGUUUUGGCGUUGAGGGGCGGUCCAGCACUUCUUUCA